AUUAUAUUCUCCGUGCCCUACACCAGGAUCAGUUUCCAGGGCGUGGCAGAUCAGUCGUACUGUUUCGACAAGCCUCAUGGCCGCUUCGGCGCAUACCAACAAAGGCAAUGCCUAAAAAACUCAUCUUCCUGUUGGGAGCACCCACCCAAACUGGCCUCCAGUGGGAUGAGGAGCAACUACUCAAAGAACCCAUCUUUCCGUUCAAGGACCCACAUCUUCAUGACGGAGAGUCAUGGCGCCUGACAGACGCACAACCUGUUAAGUGGAGGCUUUUGCAGGACCUGCGGACAUCUGAGUUGCUGCAAGGGAACUCCGACCUGAGGCCACGGAGAUUGGCCUGCUUUUUGACGACCAGCGAUCUCACCGUCUCUGGUGGCAUCUCGGCGAAUGAAUCAGAGGGUUCGGCGCUCUCCCGGUUCUACGAGCAUUCCUUCACCGUGCAUGAGGUGUCUGAGAUAUCAACCGCUGGUGUUCGCUCCGGUGAUUCCUUUCAAGGUAGCAGUUUAUGGGCCGAUAGCAUCGGAAGCUCAAUCGCAACAGUGAGCGAGAAAGAAGCGCCGAGCCCAGGGAUUCUCUUCCACGGAUCCGUUACCAAUCUCCAGGAUAUUCCUACAGCAGCGUACUUGAACUCAAUUGUGCCGCAGACGAUGACUGUGAAUCUGGUUGUGUCAAUCAUGACCAUCCAUCCUCCACGCCGGAUUGUGACACGGCAAUGGAAAAAGGAAUUGGACUUGGUCGAGGUUGUAGUGGGCGAUGACACACGAAGCGGAUUUGGAGUAACCUUCUGGCUUCCUGCUGCAGACCAAGCACACACUGAGGACGAACUUGGAAAGUCGCUCGCGACACUGCGACCCCGAGAUAUUAUUCUGAUGCGCACGGUAGGACUUAGUUCCUUCCGGGAACGGGUGUAUGGCCAAAGCCUGAGGAAGGGAGUCACUAAAGUCGACCUUCUGCAUCGACAGCGGGUCGACGCAAACGAUGCAGGCGGUGUCUACAGCGCGAAGAGGCUACGAGAAUUCCAGCAGCAGCAGCAGCAGCAGCAGCAGCAGGGUCCUGCAGCCAAGAACGAAGAGGAUCUGCUGGUGGUGAAAGUGAACGAGGUGCGCGAGUGGAUCAGACGAUUUGCGCCGGAUGCGGCAGGCGGUGAUGGUAGUAAGGGACGCCCAACACGUGGGCUGGCUGGAACUGCUACUAAUGGUGGUGUUAACGCACUGCCUCCGGAUACGCAAGAGUAUAAUUAGAACAUAGACAACGGGCCGGCAAGUAAGGGUAUAGAGAGCUGCGAAGCUCUUUCAUUGUCACUCUCCUGAUCAUGCACAUGACUCGCA